GCCGUAUUUGUGUCUGCGCUCAGAUAAAAACCCUAAUUUCCCACUCUUUCUCUCUCCACCGCUCAACUUUCUCUCUCUCUACGCAAUUCCUCAUUCAACAGCUCGAGCUUCUCCUAUGGCGACGGCGGGCGACGGUGCGACUCCAUACCAAAGCGGCGGAGCCGGGGGGAAGUUUCGGAAGAAGCCUAUUCGGCGUAGUGGUCUGGCGACACCAUACGAUCGACCUUCUACCGCACUCAGGAACAAGAGCCCUAGCCUCUUCGCGAAACUCGUAGACCCAGCGUCUAGGCUCAUACACGCUGGGGCUGAUAGGUUCUUCGGCGUAUUUCGUAAGCGGCUUCCUUCCAUCGCUGCACCGCGUCCGCCAGAGACCCUUGAAGAACCGGAUCCUAGCACCAAUGAAGGUGGGAAUUUGGCUAGCAUCUCUGCUACCACUGAGAUAUCAGAGCUUGAGAAUAUGCUGAAACAGAAGACUUUUACUAGAUCUGAAAUCGAGCAUUUGACAGCUUUGCUGCAUGCAAAAGCUACUAACUCAGAUGACGAUGAAGGGGAUAGAGCAAAGCUUCCCAGCCCAUCAUCUCAUUUUCAGAGGCCCGAAGCAUCCACAAGUAGCCCACUGAAUAAGCAUGUGGAAGAGAGGGAAAACAUUCAUGCUAUUACUUCAACUCCUGUUGUUACUUCAAGAACAUUUGAAGAGGAUGUUGCUUCUCCUGCUGAGCUUGCAAGGGCUUACAUGGGUACAAGAGCACCCAAAGUGUCACCGUCAACCCUGAGAUUUGGCAGCCAAGAUUCAGCAUUGCUUAAUACCACAGCAAUCCUCCCCAAAACACCCAUCACAUCACUUGUACCAAGAAGUACAGGAACCUUCAAGGGUCUUGAAAAUGGUUUUUUGACAACCCCAAGAUCAAGAGGCAGAUCAGCAAUAUACAGCAUGGCACGCACACCAUAUUCCAGACCACCUUCAACUUUUGGCCAAAAGGGUAUGAAUUCACCAUCAUUGCCAUUGUCCCAGCCUGCUUGGGAACAAGAAGGGUCAAUUGAGUCAAGCAAGAUGGCUUCCAAGCGUAGGAGCUCUGUGCUAGAUGAUAUUGGGUCUGGAGGCCCGGUGCGUAGGAUCCGACAGAAAGCUAAUCUUCUUUCUCAAGGAAGUCCUCUUUCAAAAAACACAAGUGAGUUUAGGCAGAAACUGCUUUUAAGGAAUGAAGCUGACUCUAAAAGCUUCAAGGCAAUAGAGGAAAACGGGGAGACCAGCAGGUCUAGUUUAGGUUAUGCAUCUGUCCCUACAAAGUCGACCCAAAUGGCUACAAAAAUAUUGGAACAACUUGAGAGAUUGAGCCCAAAGGAGAAGUCUCCAGGAUCCAGGCUUACUCGAAUGAGUGAGAAAUCGCCCUUCACACCACAGGAGAAACCAGAUUCUACACCCAAACUUAUGUCAAGUUCUGAAGAUUAUAAAAAAUCAGAAAGUUUGUUUCCUGAUGCUCGUGAGUCAACCACCACCCAGACCCAGAGUAAAGGUAAAGAAAAAGUUGAAGAAAAUGGUCCUAAGAAGUUUGCUGUCCCUCGAAAUGUUCUGAGCACUAUGAAUGGGAGUUCUGGUGUAUCUAUAAGAGAUAACGGACCAACAGAUUCUACAUUCAAGCUGCCAGCAGAGCCUCCCCAGAAGAAGCGAUUCCAGAUAAGUGCACAUGAGGAUUAUCAGGAGUUAGCGGAUGACGAUAGCCGUUCUAAUGGAGGACAUGUAUCUACCAUCCCAUUUGGUCAAAACAAGAAACCGGAAACAUCUGUGUUUGGAAAUAAGGAUGUUUCUGCUGAGGUCAUUCAAUCUCCUCCAGUUGAGAAAAUUCCAGGAACUCAAAAGACUGAUGAUUCUAAAUCUCUUCCAAAAACCAGUUUUAAAUCUGUCGAUGGUUCUGUUGUUAAUAAGAAGGUGGCAUUUAACUUGCCUGCAAGUAACAACAACACUCAGCCCCAGCCAGCUGCAAUAACAGAUACUGUUUCUCCACAGAAGAAAGCAACAGUUUUUCCAACAUUUGGUGGUACCGCUAAAGUUACCGAGAACGUGUCACCAUUCUUGUUUUCUGCUAAUGAGCCUUCAGGAUUCAAACCAAACGCUACCACAGAUGCAAAACCACUUGGCUCAACCAGCAUGUUUAAUUCAGUUAAUAAGGAAAGCAAUCAAGUCCAAUUCCCAGCAUCCAAAAAAGAUGACAAUGGCAAUGCUCUGAUCAAUAAUAAAUCAGAAUCUUCACCUACAUUAACACCAUCAUCAUCAUCAACAAGUGGUGUUUUUUCAUUUGGUGCCAAAAAUACAAAUAUUACCAAUGGUUCAAUUUCAACCCCAUCUACAUUUGCUCCCUCCUCUUCUUUUCCAGCUUCUUCUACAAAUAACAUUUUCAGUGUUAGCACUACUACUUCCUUGCCAUCCACCACCAUGUCAGCUGCCAGUGGUGUUGCCCCGGCUCCACCUGUCUUUAGUUUUGGGUCUGCAAUCACUUCAAUCAAAUCUGCAGAACCUCCAAAAGAGACCACUGCAGAACCAAAAUCUGACACCACCACCUCACCUUUUGGUACUCCGACCACUACUACCACCGGAGGAGGUAACAACAUGUUUGGUUUCAGUUCUCCAGCAGCCACUAACAAUCAGGGAUUCCUUUUCAAUGGCGGCACCGGUGGAUUUCAGACAUCUUUUGGUGGGACUACCGCAGUCCAGUCAUCUACUUCAGGGGGUUCUCUAUUUGGUUCCUCUGUUCCUAGUUUUGGUCUGAGUUCCGCUGUUGCCACAUCAGAAAUAAAAUCUGGUAGCUCCACCACCAGCAUAACACCUAGUUUUGGUCUUAAUUCGGCCUGGCAGCCUCCCAAGACUUCACCUCCUACAACAUUUUCCUUCGGGGCAUCUUCAUCUUCAUCUUCAACAUCCACUUCUCCUAGUCCUUUUAUUAAUGCUUCUACAGGAUCUUCCCUGUUUUCAUUCUCUGCUACAACUUCAGCUUUCCCUGCUCAAUCUACAUCUGUUUUUGGAAACUCGACCCCUGUUUUUGGAUCUUCACCCAACAACAAUGAUCAGAUGAGUAUGGAAGACACUAUGGCUGAAGACUCCACACCCAGUCCUUCUCCUUCACUUCCUGCAUUUGGACAAGCUGGUGCCACACCCACACCAACCCCCGGUUUCAUGUUUGGUUCAGGCACCCCGACACCGUCAACGGUUCCCUUCCAGUUUGGUGGCCAGACAAGCCAACCACCACAGAAUCCUUUCCAGACAAACCAACCACCAUCUCAGAAUAAUCAUUUUCAGUUGUCUGGUAGUGCAGAUUUUAGUGGUGGAGGAAGUUUUUCAUUGGGCUCAGGUGGAGGUGACAAGUCCGGUAGAAGGAUUUUGAAAGUUAGAAACAGCAAGAACAGGAAGAAGUGACAAACUUAAUAAAAAAAAUUACUUGGUGAGAUGUCUGAAAGGCAAAAUUUGUUGCGUUUUUAUGUACCAUUGUGGUAUUAUAGAAUAUAAUAGAUGUUAGGGAAGGAUAUGAUGUUAUAUCUCAUUUUUGGAGCAAGUUUUUUUUAGAAGGGCUGCUUUUCCAGAUUUCAUAACAACGUGCCAAGUCAUAUCUUUCUUGCUUUGUACUGUAAAAACAUACAAACCUAAAACCUAUCAAAUUUAGAGCCGUAAUGCUUCUACGGCUUGUAUCUUUUUCAUUCAAA